UUCCAUUUAAAUUAAAUGAAGUAGGAAAAGAAAAAGAAAAACACUUUCCUCCUCUCCGCCGACUCUGCUGAAGAUUCACGUCCUGCUGCUCUUCCUCGCGACACUGUUUUAUUCAGAAAAUAAACACCUAAAAGAACUCCAUCUGCUGAAGAAGACUGUGUAUUACAAUUGAAAGCUCCAGAAAAGCAACUCCAUUGACCUUGUUGGGAGAUUUUUUUUGACACCUAAAUUGUAAAAUGUUCCGCAGCACGGACUAUCUCAAACUAUCUCAAAUCUGGUUUUUAGAAAUAAUGUUCCUGUAUGUCGUCGGACUGGUAGCUCCCUGGUUUGUCUAUCGCUGGUACAAGGAAAGGAAAAGAGUGUCCCAUAGAGAAGAUAAAUAUGUCUACAUCACUGGCUGUGACUCUGGGUUUGGUAAUCUCCUCGCGAGACACCUGGACAAGCUGGGCUUCAAUGUUAUUGCGGCCUGUUACACUGAGAAGGGUGAGGAUGAGCUGAAGAAGGUCACCUCCGACAGACUAGAGACCUUUCACCUGGAUGUCACCGACUCAGAGAGUGUCAGCAAAACAGCAGCUUUAAUCAAGAAUCACGUUGGACAGAAGGGCCUGUGGGCCGUCGUGAACAAUGCUGGAGUCGCUUUGCCGUCCGGUCCCACUGACUGGCUCACCAUAGACGACUUCAAGGGCAUGAUAUCUGUCAAUCUAUGCGGCGUCAUCGACGUCACGCUGAGCGUCCUCCCUCUCAUCAAGAAGGCAAGAGGAAGGGUGGUGAACGUCGCCAGUGUCUUCGGGCGAGUCAGCCCGUUCGGCGGGCCGUACUGUGUGUCCAAGUUUGGAGUGGAGUCCUUCAAUGACAGUCUGCGUUUAAACAUGGCACCAUUUGGAAUCAAGGUUUCAUGCAUUGAGCCGGGUUUCUUCAAGACCAAUGUGACUGAUGUAGAGAUAAUGCAAAAGAACCUGAGGAAGCUCUGGGACAGAUUACCUCAGAAUGUGAAGGAUGAAUAUGGACCCGGUUACUUGAAAGCAUCUAUUGAUAUGUUGAAUCAUAGGUUCAAGAUGUUGACAGACAGUAAUCUGAUGAAGGUCGUCGGCUGCAUGGAGCACGCCGUCUCCGCCGUUUAUCCUCGUACUCGCUACUCUGCCGGAUGGGACGCAAAGUUCUUCUGGUUGCCUGUGUCGUACAUGCCAACCUGCAUCAUGGAUAGACUUUUGCGGAAAAAUAGCCCAGAUAUAAGGCCAAAACUAUGUGCACCGUAGUUUCUGUCAAAUCAGUUGUGGGGAGAAGAAUAAAUUGGGGUAUUUUGCAUAACACCUACGUGGCUUUCAUCUUUACUCAAACAAAUUUUUCGGCCUAAAGGACAUCAUAUGAACAUUUUCUGUAUUAUAAAACAUGUAUCUCUUAAAUAUGUCUCUGACUCUUAGCAUUAUCAUGCCUGCCGUAUUGAUUAUAAGAUUUUAUUUAAUUAUGAUUCAGGUAAUGGCCCUUGACCACAGUCAUUGGCCUUUUCUUAAGUUAUAUGAUUAUCAUAAAUACAGUGUCACAACUGGAUCAACUUGUAUAGCUUUUGUUCUUGAUGGACUUUGACCCCUUUGCCGCUUUAAAACCGCUCUUCAAAUACAUAAUGUAAAUUUCGUUUUAGUAUCAAAUACAGGGAACAGAUGUAGAUGCAUAUAGAUAUGUGUAUGUCUUCGAUAUUAGCAUGUAUGGUCAGGUGUAUAUAUGUACAGCUACUAGCUACAAUAUUAAUAUGAACAUUACUGCUUGUAUUUUUAUCAAGUGCCUUUUUUCAGAGGGCGAAUGUCAGGAACUGUCUUGUUUUGUUAAAAAUACUAAAAAAGUAAAAAAAAUAAAAAUACAGGGAACAGUUUGUUACCUUUU